AUGGCGUUUGCAGGUCCGCCCAAAGGAUGCGGGUCCAGUAUCGGCUCCAUGUACUACAACCUGUGCGACCUGACGGCGGCGUGGGGGGUGGCGGUGGAGGCGGUGGCCGCCGCGGGCGCGGUGACCUCCUUCGUCGUCUUCGUCAUCCUCAUGGCCCGCCUGCCCUUGGUGAUGGACGAGACGAGGAAAGCCACGGUGGCCCUGGAGGCCGGAGUUUUGGUUUUCACCCUGGGACUCUUCGGUCUGGCCUUCGCCUUCAUCGUGGGGCGCGACUCGGCCAGCUGCGCGGCGCGUCGGUUCCUCUUCGGCGUCCUGUUCGCGGGAUGCCUGGCGUGCCUGCUGAUGCACGGGCUGUGGCUGGUCCUGUCGCAGCGGCGGGGCCGCGGGCCCAGGAGCCGGACGUUGUGCCUGGGAGCGCUCGCGCUCUGGUUGGUGGAGGUCAUCAUCAACACAGAGUGGCUCCUCAUCACGGCGGUCCGCAAUCCGCCGGUCGGUCCGGACGCUUCUGAGCCCUCUUGCGGCUUCGCCAACCGGGACUUCGUCAUGGCGCUGAUCUACGUGAUGAUCCUGCUGCUCGCCGCCGUGCUGACGGCCGUGCCCUCGCUGACGCGCAAGGACCGGCGGUGGCGCCGGGACGGAGCGUUUGUCCUGGUCACGGGCCUCCUCACCGCGGCCAUCUGGGCGGCUUGGAUCGCCAUGUACAUCGGGGGGAACCGAGCGGUGGGAGACGCCGGCUGGGACGACCCCACCCUGGCCGUGGCCGUGGUCUCCAACGCUUGGGUGUUCCUUCUCCUCUACGCCGUGCCGGAGAUCUGCUUACUGACGCAGCGCGAGGACCCGGACCUGGAGCUUCCCCGCGACGACGACCGCAUCUACCCGCCCCGGAGCUUGGCGUACGACAACGUUCGCAAGGAGCCGGAGCCCCCCCACCAGAUGGUGUACCUGGAAAACAAAGCCUUCACCACGGAGGAGCCUCCGACAGAGCCUUCGAAGCCGGUGUCGCCGUACGCCGCUUACAACGGGCAACUGCGAAGUUGCGUCUACCAGCCCACCGAAAUCGCCCUGAUCGCAAAGGGUCUGACCAAGAUGGACCAGGACGCCAUGAUGCGACGCGCCUCGACCUCGUCUUUGAACGCGGGUGGCGGCGGCGGCGGCGGCUCAUUGCAUCUCUCGGUGGGCUCCUUAGCCUCUUAG